AUGGGUCUCUCGUGGGAAAAUAUCCGUUCGCUACUCAUCUUCUUCGGUCCCAUCUUGCUACCCAAGGCCUACAGCUGGUAUCGAUCAUUCCAAAGUUCUCGCCGUGGCGGAGCUUCGAUACAGCGUGUCCCCCAACCCGUCCAGAUUGCCUUGGCCGUCUUGUUCGGCCUCUGUUGCACGUACAUCAUCAAGACGCUGCCCUACUUCGCACCCGAGAACCUCUUCGCCAAAACCGAGAGCCGCAUCCAGAUCCCCGUCGACGUGCUGUUCAACCGCAUCGCCGCCACCCGCCCCAACAAUGCCCUGACGGAGGAGGACCUCGCCCUGAGGGGCAAGUUCGUCAACCUGGAGAGCCGCCUGCUCUACCUGCAGUUCGGCCCCCGCGUCCUGGCCGAGUGCCCGUUCUGCACCUCGGACGAGCCCAAGAGCUACUUCUACUACGCCAUCCCCGACAUCCUCUGGCCUCACCUCGCCAACCUCGUCGCCAUCGCCGUCGUCACGAGCCCCACCUGGACAGGCAAAUACGGCAUCCAGUGGCGCACCCUGGCCACCAUCGCCGCCGCCCUGCUCGCUGUUGUCGAGAUCUCCAUCGUCAGCUCGUACAACUACCAGGGGAACGCCCGGGCCCUCCGGCUUGGGGACUUGGACAUGUUCUUCUGGACCCUGAGGAACUACCGGCUUGUCUUCCUCGCUCUCCUGGACGGGAUCCUGGGCUGGGUGCUCUACCUGUCCGCUACGAACCGUGCGUUCACGCAACCCCCCUCGCCUGCUGAGCGAGUCGAGAAGGUCAACCGGACCUUGCUCUCUGCGAAGAGUAAGAUGAAUGCUCUUGGGAUCAUGAGGAACACAGCGCUACGGGACGAGGAUCUACGGUCCCGCAGCCACGCCUACUGGAGCCAUGAGGUUCGUCUUAUGAACGAGGUGAUGGAGGAUAGGGACGUCAUCGAUGGCGUGAAUGACGCGCUGUCCAACAGGAUCAACAUACAGGAGAUUUCCAGGGACGCCGAGUCCUACGCGGAGAAUGUUCUGCAGCCGCUGGAGGCUGAGUUAUGA